AUGAGUACAGAAGAAGACUUGGAGAGAUUGAGAUUGCCACUUUUGGUACCCAGAAAUGAAGAGGAGACAUUUAUUAUAGCUUUCACUGUGUCUGUGGAUGCCAAAGUUGGCAUAUCAACAGGUAUUUCAGCAGCAGAUAGGGCAAAUACUGUUCUAGCACUUGCUUCUUCAGAUUCUAAGGCAGAGGACCUAAGGCGGCCUGGAUUGAAGCCUGUAAGUGUGCUUUCUCAGGUUGUUGUUGAUGAUGGAUCAAUAGACCGCUUAACAAGGUUAAAGAAAUUUGCCAUGGAAUACAAUUUACCAAUCAUAUCCAUUGCAGAUCUGAUAAGAUACAGGAGAAAGAGAGAGAAAUUAGUUGAACAAACUGUUAUUUCUCAUUUGCCAACAAAGCGGGGCUCUUUUCAGGUCUAUCGCUAUCGUUCAAAACUUGAUGGAAUUGAACAUGUGGCUAUGGUAAAGGUUAGACGUUGCAAACAUCAAGCAAUUUGA